AUGAGCAGUCUCCAAGCUGAGAGGGAUGGGUGGCAGCGAUCUGCCCAAGGCACAAGCGCAAAUGAAGUGCCUCCACAACGUGUCUUUCCGGAGUACAUCGACGUCAACGUGGAAGAGUUCAAGAGGGCGGCAGAUCCCUUCUGGGAGCCUGAUCGGCCGACCACCUCCAAGCUGUACAAGGCACAUGUGACGACCCAGGGGCGCAUCUUUUGCACAAGGCGCAUGCAGAGGUGGCUCCACAGCCUCCCAGACCGGCCAGAAGCUCACUCUGAGCCCGUCUCUCCAGGCACCCCUGGCACACUCAGCGUCGGCCUUGCUGUUGAUGAGAAGCCCGAGGAGCCCUCGAGGAGCUUUUUCGGUUCCAUUCGAAACCGACGAUCAGGCCUGGGCACUCCUGCGGCAGACGUCAACAAUGGCAGAAAGAGCUCUGCCUCGGUCAUGUUGAGAGACAUGCGCAGGUCUUCCAAGGAUUUCUUCAGCAGGCUGACCGUGCGGAAGAAAGAAGAGCACAACCUCCGAGUCGCGUUCAUCGGAAACCAGCACUGCGGAAAGGACCUCCUGAUUUCUCGCUACACUGUGGCCGCAAGCAGCGGUACCGCCACCUACCGGCCCGGCUUCGACCCUUCUCGGAUCAAGCUCACUGGCGUCCUGUCAGUCGACAAUUACAAGGCUCGCACCGAGGUGUGGGACAUACCUCACCGAAACGUGAGAGACGGCCAGGCUCAUCCCCUGACAUUGGCACCUUUCGACGUGGUCGUCAUCUGUGUUGAUAUCGGAAACGAGCGCAAUCUGAAGUCCGUGGCGAAGUGGCAGCGCGUGGCCGAGGCAAACUGCCCCGAUGUGCCGACCAUCGUGCUCGGCCUCAAGGCCGACCUGCGUCCUGACUUUCCGACCCUGCGCCUGGGUUUCCUGAAGGAGUCGAACGCAUUCACCAUCGGACAGGGCGAGGAGACUGCACGGAAGAACAAAGCGUCGGCCUAUUACGAGUGCUCUGCUAAGACCGGCGAGGGUGUCACCGAGUUCUUCGAGUCCCUGGUCCGCUUCGCGGUCCAGGCAUCCCGUACCCGGGCGAAGCUGGGGCGCAAGGCGAGCCGCAGGCUGUCCAACUUGUUCCGCAGGAAGUAG